UUAUCUAGUCAGAGUGAAGUCAUCACAAGAGUUGUUCAGAGACUGUGUGAAAAAAGAAAGAAGAAUGUCCUUGCAUAUGGAUACUCCUUACUGGAUGAAAACAGUUCUCAUUUCCAAAUCAUGCCAUCUUCAAAUAUAUACAGCUACCUACCGAAUACUGCAACAGAAACUAUUCGUAUCAGUGGCCUCUGGGAAACACUGCUGAGCAGGAUAGGGGACGAUGUGAUGAUGUAUUUGUUGGAACACUGUGCAGUCUUUAUGCUGGUUCCCCCUAGUAAUUGUUAUCAAGUUUGUGGGCAACCAGUUUAUGAACUUAUUUCACAUAGUGUAGACUCAUCCCCAGUGUUUGUUAAACAAAGGUUUUCAAAGCAUAAACGUAGUAGCUUGCUUGACUAUAUGCAAAAAAGGCUUUUGUUUCACAGACAGUAUCUUUCAAAGUCACAUUGGUGGAAAUGCAGACAAAGCCUUGAAGCUAAUUACUCCAGCACGGGAAAUAAAAAAAGUAACAAGAUACAAAGCUCAGUGUCCAGUUAUCUGGAAAAACAGAGUAGCUCUGGUCUGUAUUUGUCAGCUGCAGCACCAUCUUUAAAAAGGAAGCUUGACAGGGAACAACUUGAAAUUCCAGCUAAGAGAGCAAAAGUAGAGGAGAAAGUGGGAGAGGAAAAGGCUUGUAAUCUAACUCCUGAUGUAAACCCAAGUAGCUCCAAGAGAUAUGAAACUGCUUAUGUAGCAUCACGUUCUGUAAGUCUCAUUAAAAAAAAGCACAUUUCUCAAAGAACUAACACUGAUAUGUCUGGUCCUUUAGCUCACACAUCUCGUGAUGGGAACAAGUUUGUGGCAGGUGAAUGCUCUUUUCUGCAAGGAGUUCAGAGUAACAAACCUUUAAAGUCUAGCAUUGAAAUGCAGGCAGAAUCCCAUAGGAAAGGAGUAGAGAUGCGUAUGUAUAAACCUCAGUUGGAUUCUGUACAAAUCAAACCCGUGGAGGGUAUUUCUUCAAAAUGCAGAAGACGGGAAAGUCCCCUAGCUCAUUUGGCAAAGAAAUUACCAAAUACACUCUUGCGUUCUGCAGUAUACAUUGACAGGAAGCUUCUUUUGUAUUCUCGCAGGAAUUUCCAAGAAUGUUUUCCUAAACUGUUCUUAUUGAAUCGCUUGCAGGGCUGUCAGGCAGGUGGAAGACGGCUUAUAGAAACUAUAUUCUUAAGACAAAAUCUGUUGGAGCAAAAGCAUAAGCAAAGUCUGCCACAUCACAACUGGAGAAAGAAGAGGUUGCCCAAACGCUACUGGCAAAUGAGACAUACAUUUCAGAAACUGUUAAAGAACCAUGGAAAGUGCCCUUACUUAGUUCUCUUGAAAAAAAAUUGCCCUGUGUGGGUAUCUGAAACCAGUGUGAGAAAAAAUGAGCUGUCUUGUCAGGCAGCCUUGUCUGGGGAAGCAGAGGUUCACGAGCAAGCAGAACAGUUUGAGAAAGAGCCUGCUAAGUGCGUGACAAGCAGCAGAAGUGCAUCUGUUCACACUGAUGUGCCAGACAACUCAAGUGCUCCUCUUCCAAAAUGUGCGCGUGGGGAGUCACAGAGUGAGGAGCAAAGCCCGGGAGAGGGGUGUGAUUCAGCCCUCGGGGACCUCCUCAAGCAGCACAGCAGCCACUGGCAGGGGUAUAUCUUUGUGAGGGAGUGCCUGGAGCGGGUCAUACCUGCUGAGCUUUGGGGUUCAAACCAUAACAAGUGCCGGUUCUUAAAAAAUGUGAAAGCAUUCAUUUCCAUGGGGAAGUUUGCUAAGCUUUCGUUGCAGGAGUUGAUGUGGAAGAUGAGAGUGAAUGACUGCAUGUGGCUUCGUCUAGUCAAAGGUGAUCACUUUGUUCCUGCCUAUGAACAUUGUUUCCGUGAAGAACUUUUGGCUAAAUUCCUAUACUGGCUGAUGGAUACCUAUGUUGUUGAGUUGCUCAGAUCAUUUUUCUAUAUCACCGAGACCAUGUUCCAGAAAAACAUGCUUUUCUACUACCGAAAGUUUAUUUGGGGCAAGUUACAGAACAUUGGAAUUAGAAACCAUUUUGCCAAAGUACAUCUACGUGCUUUAUCUUCAGAGGAGAUUGAAGCUGUCCGUCAAAAAACAGAUGCUCCUAUGGCAUCAAAGCUCCGGUUCAUUCCCAAAGCAAAUGGAUUAAGACCCAUAGUAAAAGUGAGCGGUGUUGUUGAAGCACGAACAUUCAGCAGGGAAAGCAGAGAAAAGAAGAUGCAUCACUACAACACUCGAUUAAAAAAUCUGUUUAGUGUGUUAAAUUAUGAACGGACUAUAAACACCAGUUUUAUUGGCUCUUCGGUGUUUGGGAAAGAUGAUAUCUACAAGACAUGGAAGAAGUUUGUUACAAAGGUUCUUGAAUCAGAUGGUGAAAUUCCUCAUUUCUACUAUGUAAAGGCUGAUGUGUCCAGGGCUUAUGAUACGAUCCCUCACAAUAAACUUGUGGAAGUGAUCUCACAGAUCUUAAACCCUGAGAAAAGAACUGUCUACUGCAUACGGCGCUAUGCUGUGAUUAUGGUUACCACAAGUGGAAAAGCCCGGCGGUUCUAUAGGAGACAUGUUUCUACUUUCAAGGAUUUUAUGCCAGACAUGAAGCAGUUUGUGUCCCAGCUUCAGGAGAAUGCCUCGUUGCAAAAUGCAAUAAUAGUUGAACAGAGCUUAACUUUUAAUGAGACAAGUUCCAGCCUGUUUACUUUUUUUCUUCAAAUGAUACAUAACAACAUUCUGGAGAUUGGGAGCAGGUACUACUUACAGUGCUGUGGAAUUCCACAGGGCUCCAUUUUGUCAACCUUACUUUGCAGCUUAUGCUAUGGAGACAUGGAAAACAAAUUGCUUUGUGGAAUACAGCAGGAUGGAGUCCUAAUACGUCUCAUUGAUGACUUUUUGCUGGUUACACCACAUUUAAUGCAGGCAAGAACUUUUCUAAGGACUCUAGCAACAGGUAUUCCUGAGUAUGGCUUUUUAAUAAACCCCAAUAAGACAGUCGUGAAUUUUCCUGUUGAUGAUAUCCCAGGAUGUUCCAAAUUUAGACAGCUGCCAGAUUGUCGUUUGAUCCCAUGGUGUGGUUUGUUAUUAGAUAUACAGACACUUGAGGUUUACUGCGAUUACUCCAGUUAUACUCGUACUUCUAUCAGAUCAAGUCUUUCCUUCAAUUCAAGUAGAACAGCUGGGAAAAACAUGAAAUACAAAUUGAUUACAGUCCUCAAACUGAAAUGCCAUUGUUUAUUUCUUGAUUUACAGAUCAACAGUCUUAGAACAGUUUUCAUUAACAUCUACAAGAUAUUUUUACUUCAGGCUUACAGGUUCCACGCCUGUGUUCUCCAACUUCCAUUCAACCAGCAAGUUAGAAACAACCCUUAUUUCUUCCUAAAGAUCAUCUCUGAGACUGCAUCAUGCUGCUAUUCUAUCCUGAAAGCAAAAAACGCAGGGGUUGCUUUAGGUAACAAAGGUGCAUCUGGAGUGUUCCCUUCUGAGGCAGCAGAAUGGCUCUGCUACCAUGCCUUCACUGUCAAACUGGCAAACCACAAAGUUGUUUACAAAUGCCUGCUUAAGCCCCUAAAAAUCUGUAAGUAUUUGAUGAUUUUGACA